AAUGAAUCUCCGAUUUCUAUCUCUGAUAAAUCCAAUAAUUUCUCCGAUUUUCCAAGCUCUCGAUCCUAUUUUUUCGAGCAAAACCAAGUAAUAGAUUUCACAAUAGAAAAAGCUCUAAAUUCUAAUAAUCGGAAGCCUUCGCUAAAGAUCAAAUUUCCAGCCGUCAGGAAGCUUGAGUGGAUCGACGUAUCAGAGUCAGCUCGGAAGCACUUAGGCUCGGAGGAGAAUCGGCAUUAUAGAGGAGUCCGACAGCGUCCGUGGGGAAAGUAUGCGGCGGAGAUCCGGGACCCCAAGCGGCGCGGCUCGCGUACGUGGCUGGGGACAUUCGGUACUGCCAUUGAGGCUGCAAAAGCCUACGACAAGGUGGCUUUUGAGCUGCGCGGCAGCAAGGCGAUUGUGAAUUUCCCUCUGGAGAUACAAAGCAUGGAGUUUAGAUCAUGCGCCCCCAUGGAAGUCGGACGGAAGCGGUCCAGCGGAGGAGAGAGGCGGAGGAGGAAGCUGCACUAGUAGAUGUGGAGAAACUGAACGUGCCACCGACUUAUUAUCCACAUCUA